CAAAAAGCAGAUUAGUUUCCGAUUAAUUUUUAAUUGACAGCAACCUCUACAGAUUUCUGUGCCACAAAAGUACCGCCCAAAUUCAAAUUCAAUAACUAUCGAUAGGAUAAUCUCUACUCAAGAUAUAUUUACCGUUUGAAAUCUAUAAGGAUUUUUGUCAUACAGCCCAGUGGUCACUCUUAAACGAAGCGCAAUGUUUUCCUACAAGUUUCCUUGCGGGGAUUUCCAAACCCUAACAACCAUGACUGAAACCGGGAUCACCUUCGAUCCACCAGUGUACGAACAGCGCUACUGUGCAGCCAUUCAGAUCCUGGAGGACUCCCGCUGGAAGGACCACAUCAAAAAGGUUGUAGAGUUCGGCUGUGCCGAAAUGCGCUUUUUCCAGCUUAUGCGUCGCAUUGAGACAAUCGAAAACAUUCUACUGGUUGAUAUAGACGAGCCCUUGCUAAGGAAAAAUUCAACAAGCGUUAAUCCCUUGGUAUCGGACUAUAUAAGGCACCGUUUGGGUCCUCUCAACGUCCGAAUUCUUCAGGGAAGCGUUGCAGAUUCUUCGGAAGAAUUGCGAGAUACAGAUGCCGUAGUUGCCUUGGAACUAAUCGAGCAUGUGUACGACGAUGUUCUGUCCAAAAUCCCAUCCAAUGUAUUUGGUUUUAUGCAGCCCAAAUUGGUGGUCUUCAGCACCCCAAACUCAGAUUACAACGUAAUCUUUACGCGCUUCAAUCCAUUGCUGCCGAAUGGAUUUCGCCAUGACGAUCACAAGUUCGAAUGGACCCGGGAGGAGUUCAAAACCUGGUGCUUAAGCAUUGUUGAGAAGUAUCCGAACUAUAUGUUCUCCUUAUUGGGAGUGGGGAAUCCGCCCAAGGACAUUGAAUCCGUGGGUCAUGUGUCCCAGUUAGCUGUCUUCGUUCGCAAGGACUUUCUGGAGAUGCAGCUGGAGAGUUCUUUGGUCACCACACCUAAGCUUGAUGAAGAAUCGACUCCAUACAAGCUCAUUCAUUCCGUCGACUAUCCCUUUCAUAAGGAUACACGUACCGAAAAGGAAAAGAUCUGGACCGAAGUCCAGAUUGAGUUGCAGCGAUUCAAAAGAAUGGCUAAUUUUUCUGAGAAUGAGCAGGAUCCUUUCCAGGACACCUAUAAAAUGUCAAUUGAAGACCUAUUAGAACGCCUACACUACGUAGGAGCCACUAAAGAUGUUUUGGUGGAAUUACUACAAGAGAACAACAUAAAAGUUGAGGAUGAACACGUUGUAAUGGAAGAUUCCGAUUACUCCGAUGAGGAAUCGCAGUGGUUCGAUCCUUGUGACUUGUCUGAACGUCUUUCCCAGGAGGCUGUGUUGAUCGAUCAGGAUCAAGAAGAAGAGGAAUGCUGGGACUUGAGUCCUGAAACUUAACUUAAGACGCAAAAAACUCUAGGACUAACUGCUACUAAAUUUUAAACUAGCAACAAUUUUACGUGCAAAAAUUGGUUUAAAACCAUUUUGAAAAGUCGAACCAAAUUUGUUUUACUAACAUUUUUAAGAAAGUUUUGUUUUACUUUUAAAAAUUUUUUAGCACCUAAAUCGUCAAAUUAAAAACUCUAUUUUCUCAGAGUAUAUCUUAGUUAAAAUAUAUUUGGCAAAAAAACAGUUAGCUUAC